AUGAGAAGAGCGAUUCUAAUCUUUUGCAUAGCUUCGCUGUGCAUGGCGCUCUUUUUGGGCGCUUUAGACAUCGUAAUUUGCAUCACCCUGUAUGAUACCAUCGGCGAAAAAUUCAAGGACUACAGUAACGUGGGGUGGAUUAUGACUGGGUAUAACUUACCCAACGCACUUUUCAUGCUUCUUUGGGGCAGAUUGGCCUCGAUACUGGGACUGAAGAGUAGUUUGGUAAUCUCGAUCGUGAUAUUCGAACUGGGUUCUCUUCUGGCGGCUGUUGCAAACUCGAUGGGAAUGCUCAUUGGUGCCAGAGUCAUAGCGGGGUUUGCCGGCAGUGGGAUAGAAUCUCUGGUGUUUGCUGUAGGCACAUCGAUGGUAGGGGAAAAGCACAGGGCCAGGGUCAUAACCAUUCUCGGGAUUGCGUACAUGAUCGCAGAGGGCGUGGGCCCCUUCAUAGGCGGUGCCUUCGCCGAGCACGUGUCGUGGCGUUGGUGUUUCUAUGUCAACCUCCCUAUCGGUGGUUUGGCACUGGCAGUUCUUUCGUUUGGGUACAAUCCUGCAGGAAACUCUCCGCAAUCUGCCAUUCACAUAUUCUGGAGAAAGGUGAGGCACUAUCAGUACAGACGAAUCCUUCAUAGGGAAUUUUGGUUCGAGGUCUUUGUCUUGUUCUUUUUCAAGCUCGACAUCGUCGGUUUGAUCUUCUCAUCUACCGGCUUCGCUCUCAUAAUGCUGGCCCUCACUUUCGGCGGCACGAAGUUUGCCUGGAACUCUGGCUCUAUUAUCACGAUGUUCACUGUGGGAAUUAGUUUAUUGGUGCUCUUCCUGGUUUAUGAUUUCAUUAUCUUUCCCUGGAUAGGUAGACAAUCGCGCCAAAUAGCGGCAAACCCGUUGGUAUCCUGGCGCCUGGGCUCCAACAUGGGCAUUUUGACCAGCUCAAUGGCAGGAUUUUUCAACUGUUUUGCAUUUGAACUGCAAUCAAUUUUCAUAGUGCAAUACUACCAGCUCGUUGUCAACAAGGGGCCAACACUGGCCAGUAUUCACUUGUGGCAAAUGUCGGUGCCUGCAUUGGUAUCAGUCAUCGUAUGCGCAUUCGUAAAUGAAAAAUUCGGAAUUGUGAAACCACUCAUGGUAAUGGGUGCCACUUUUGGCUUCAUAGGAUCUGGUCUACUUACGAUGAUGGACAGCAAUACGCGCCUGGGAGGUUCGAUUGGAUAUAGUAUGUUGGCUGGCGCUUCUUUCGGCGCUGUAUAUCAAAUGAGUCUGUUGAGCUCCCAACUGCAGGUAGAUUAUAAGGAUGUUGAUUUUCACGUCAAGUUCAUCGAAGUAACCGCCUACAACACUUUCCUCAAAACUUUGGGUUUUGCUUUUGCCGGAAUAGUGAGUACUACCAUCUUUGGUGUGUCUCUCCGAAACUUGACUGUUGGAGCAACUGGUAUUCCCCACUUCGCAGAUACGGAGGAGAUAAUCAGCUACAGAAAUCAACAUUUCGACGGUAGGAACUCGGAGCUAGGACAGCUGUUAGCAAAAUCAAUCCGUAGUGUUUUCCUUUUCGCGCUAGGUUGCAGCGCGUUGUCUUUCAUAUUUUCCUUGUUCACUUCUAGCAAACGGACAAUGACAUCAGAUGCAGAAGAAGACGUUUCUAUCGAACAUAAAACAGGAGUUUAG